UGUCACUGAGGAUCUGGGAGGACGGAGGGAGGCCGCCAUAUGCUGACUGGAUUCCUGUUCCUGUGUGCAGAGCGCUGGCCGGCCGGGAACACGCCAUGGGAAGCUCACAUCUCCUCAACAAAGGCAUGCCUCUAGGCAUCAGACCUCCAAUCAUGAACGGGCCGAUGCACCCGCGCCCUGUGGCGCUGCUGGACGGCAGAGACUGCACCGUGGAGAUGCCCAUCCUGAAGGACGUCGCAACCGUGGCGUUCUGCGACGCUCAGUCCACACAGGAGAUCCACGAGAAGGUGCUAAACGAAGCUGUGGGGGCGUUGAUGUACCACACCAUCACCCUGAUGAGGGAAGACCUGGAGAAGUUCAAGGCGUUGCGCAUCAUCGUUCGCAUCGGCAGCGGCUACGACAACAUAGACAUCAAAUCCGCCGGGGAGCUCGGCAUCGCUGUGUGCAACAUGCCAGCAGCGUCGGUGGAGGAGACGGCAGACUCCACGCUGUGCCACAUCCUCACCCUGUACCGACGCACCACCUGGCUGCACCAGGCUCUCCGGGAAGGGACGCGGGUUCAGAGCGUGGAGCAGAUCCGAGAGGUGGCGUCAGGCGCGGCCAGGAUCAGAGGAGAGACGCUGGGACUCAUUGGGCUCGGCCGGGUCGGCCAGGCCGUCGCCCUGCGAGCCAAGGCCUUCGGCUUCAACGUGAUUUUCUACGACCCGUAUUUGGCCGACGGUGUAGAAAGGUCCCUGGGGCUCCAACGGGUCACCACCCUACAGGACCUUCUCUUCCACUCUGACUGUGUCUCGCUGCACUGCAGCCUCAACGAGCACAACCACCACCUGAUCAACGACUUCACCAUCAAACAGGUACGCUCAGGGGCGUUCCUGGUGAACACAGCCAGGGGGGGCCUGGUGGAUGAGAAGGCUCUGGCUCAGGCUCUGAAGGAGGGCAGGAUACGUGGGGCGGCUCUGGAUGUCCAUGAGACAGAACCUUUCAGCUUCAGUCAGGGUCCACUGAAGGACGCGCCCAACCUGAUCUGCACGCCGCACGCCGCCUGGUACAGCGAACAGGCAUCACUGGAGAUGAGAGAAGAGGCGGCGAGGGAAAUCCGGAGGGCUGUGACAGGUCGGAUCCCAGACAGUCUGAAGAACUGUGUGAAUAAGGAGUUCCUCUCACCCAACAACCACUGGGCCGUCGACCCGGCUGUGGUCCAUCCUGAGCUCAACGGCGCCUACAGGUACCCCUCCGGGGUGGUGAGCUUGCCGGCUGGCGGCCUCCCUCCGCCCGUCGAAGGCAUCGUCCCGAGCGCCGUGCCCAUCACGCACACCCUGCCGCCCGCUGCCGCUCACCCGCCUCACGCGCCGUCUCCCGGACAGAACACAGUAAAGCCACCAGAGGGCGACAGAGAGCAGCACCCCAGCGACCAGCUGUAGCCCUUCUGCACACCGACCGCCGGUUCAGGUGCCGUCUGCUUCCCAACAGACAGGACUGACUCAACAACCCAGAAAGUUCCUCUAAACCAACAUCUGAUCGUUGCCUCAACAUGAAAAAUGGAAACAUUUGGGGCAAAACAGAAUCCAGAACCUUUCCAGAAAAUUGGAGGCUUUCAUGUGUUCUGUGUCUUUUUUUCCUUCGUUUGAUGUGACAGGAAAGUUAUUGGGUUUGAAAUGAAUGUAACCUGCCUGUGAACAGAUUUUAGAACAUGAUGAUAUUUGUAUUCCAGUCUUAACGAAAACUGGUUUAAAAAUACAAUAUCUCGUUUUCUUUUUAUUUGUCCCUAAAUUAGCAAGGCCCCAAAAAAGCGGCAGCUUUUUGCACACCAUCUCAGGAACCUACGUUUCCGCAGUUGGUAAUCUAGUUUUUUCUAACAUUUUUCUUUUAUAGAUAGUUUUUAUGCCACUCAGUGCUUUUGUUUUUCUACCUGCUUGCCUUUCCAUGUCCCGCUGCAUUAGAAAAGAACAACUUUAGUGAGAUGUAAAGUUGACCUAAUGCUUGUUUCUGUUGUUUUGUUUAAGGAGCAUGUGACUUUGCUCUGGGAUUGUGUAAAUGUUCGAACCGAAGGCGUGAUGGGAGGAACGUUUAGGAGAGGUGGUGAAAUGGUAAACAUGCUGGGACCUGCUGAUUCUGACGCUUUCAUUCCGACGAGGCGACAGAUUAAAAACAUGGUUUGUUGUAAAAAAUUCACCUAUUAUGGCUGCAAUUUCUGCUCCUGACCAGCAUUAUAACUUUGAUGCAGGAAUUACAUUUUUGUCAACCAGAAUGACCAAACGGUCAAACAGCAGGCAGAUGUGACCCAAUUCAGAUUCUUUGACCCCAAAAAUACAAUUUGUUUUACUUACACAUGUGGAUCUAAAUCUUUACCGCCAGAGCGCCACAGCGGCCAUCUUUACUGCUGUAACCAGAGCGCCACAGCGGCCAUCUUUACUGCUGUAACCAGAGCGCCACAGCGGCCAUCUUUACUGCUGUAACCAGAGCGCCACAGCGGCCAUCUUUACUGCUGUAACCAGAGCGCCACAGCGGCCAUCUUUACUGCUGUCAACAGAGCGCCACGGCGGCCAUCUUUACUGCUGUAAACAGAGCGCCAUGGCGGCCAUCUUUACUACUGUAAAAAGAGCCAUAAUCAGAGCGCCGCUGGGCGACAUGUCUUCGGCACAUUUGGAUUAUCGUGAGUAAAAGGAGUCUAACUUCGGUCACUUUUAAUAAGUAGAAUGAACGAUCAUGCUAAAAACGUUGGAUUUGCGCAUUGAGACCUGCUGAGAACGUAGCGAUCUGGCAAGUCUCAUUUCUGUCCACAUAAUGAUCCAUGUUUUACCCCUGAUGGUUGAACUCCAUGACAAAUCAAACUGAAUCAGUUUCCAUACAACACUUAGCUUGGCUUUACGAGUUAAUAAAGGUAGAACAAUCAGAUGAAGGCGAACAUUUUUCAUUUGGCUCAGACACAAAGAGAAAAACAAGUCAAAGCUGCAGCCGACAGUUGAUACUCUUAACAUUAGUAGAUGUGAAACGUGCUAUGAAAGAAAGCUUUUUGCUAUUUGAUUGACUUUAUGCUCACAAACAACUUCUUUUCCAGCUUUCUGUCCAAGCUGCGUCAUGAACAGCGUUUCGUUUUCUCUUUUGCUUUCAGUUGGUUUUUCUCUUGGAUCCUGAAGCAGAAAAUGUUUCAAACAAUGAAACUUUUCCUGAGGAAUAAAAUCUGCCUUCUUGGCUUGUUUACAUCUUCACCCCACACCUAGCUUAGCAUAUUUGCCUUAAAUAGUUUGGUUUUCUGUCUACAACAGUGAAAAGCAUCUUCCAUAUAUGGAAGUGCUUCCUGUUUUACACAAAGAGGUAGGCGUUGUUUCUAAAUUACUUUUGUACUUUUUGAGAACAGAAAAGGCCAGUUGUGAUUUAUUUCACGUCUUUUAUUUUGUAUUUUUGGGUUUCCUGGCUCUAAACUAUGACUCUGUUAUGCACUUUAAGUUGAUUCCUCCACGGUUACGACAGUAAAAGCGGUUAAACUUGGGUAAAGAUGAGACUCAGAUGAUCUCUGAAGGUUGUUUAAACGCCUCCCGCUUGAGAAGCGGCGGCGUUUCCCCGAGCGGCCGGAGAUUUCCUGGAGUCCCUUUAACAUCCAGCCGGGCCCUUCCCGUUGCUACCAUUUAACCACCUGCUCUCUUCAUGUGUACAUACUGUGUUCUGCUUGCCUGUGUCAAUGUGACUUGGUUGUUUCUGUGUCUAAAAGCAGCGCCAGUAGGGGGGGCAGCAAAUUACCCAGAAGUCCUUUCUCCCCCUACCUGCAGCUGAGUAGUAAAAACAGUUUCCUGUUGCCUACCGGGUCUUCUUCAUGGUGAGGCAGCGAGCGUCGCAAUCAGGGAUGGACAUUUCCACCGCCAAGCGAUUCAGGCUGCAGCGGCAAAAAAUGUUAGAUUACGAGAAUAAAGUCAAAAUAAUGUACGAAUAAAACCGUGUGAAAGCAGAAAUAAUACGAGAAUAACAUUGCAUGUCAGUCAUAAUAAAAUCAAGUCAUGAAAUACAGUCAUAAUAUUAACAGAAUAUAGAAGCUAUUUUACCUCAGAAAGGAUGAAAAACGUAACACGAGGAAAGCUGAGAAUCUUGUGACGUUUUACUUUAUGAUCAGUUUUAACACAUCAACAGUAAAUUAUCAGUGGCUGAACUGAGUUUAAUAAUGAUCAAAGUUUUUCCUUUCUGUCUAAAAACUUUCCAUCUUUCUCCUGGAAUUUUUGUGUCUUUUUCUGAUAACAUUCUGACUUUAUCCCUAAUUCGGAAUGAAGGGAUAAAAACCUGGUCGUCCGCCGCAGACUGAAGGUUCUGGGCUGAUAUUCUGACUCGGUUCUGGUUCUUCCGACACAAACUGCAAACAUUCCUGGUCCAAACCGACGGAUCCGGCGGUUCCCCUGAAAUGCCAUCCCUGGCGUAGCGCCCCCUGCUGCCGCCCUUCAUGGUGACGUAGUAGGCGUAGCAAUAUUCAGUACAUAUUAUUCUAUAUUCUACAGUAAAUAUCAUUAUUUUUGGUCAAACAAUGA